GAACAGCGUUGCCGGCUCAGUCGCUGUGCGGGAGUGGUCACUGAGGGAUGUGUGGUAUCGUAACUGAGUGUGACUGAGGAAAAAGACCCGGCGUAGUUUCUCCGCGUAAUACGCUCUCGCUCUUUACCCCCUGGAUAAAAAGAAACCAGCAAUACCGAGAGUCUAGUCACAGUUUUCGGCCCCCCUCCCAAUUUCGCGCGAAACUACGAAAUACGCCUAUCGUGUAUUUAUUUAAGUAUUUAUUGUACAAAAGACUUUAACUAUAGCCGACACAAUGUCCGUGGAUAAGGAGGAAUUGGUACAGCGCGCGAAGCUCGCCGAACAGGCAGAAAGGUACGACGACAUGGCAGCCUCGAUGAAGGCAGUUACCGAGACGGGAGUCGAAUUGUCGAACGAGGAAAGGAACCUGCUGUCGGUAGCCUAUAAGAAUGUUGUUGGCGCGAGACGUAGCUCGUGGCGAGUAAUUUCCUCUAUCGAGCAAAAGACCGAGGGCUCCGAGCGUAAACAGCAGAUGGCCAAGGAGUACCGAGAAAAGGUCGAGAAAGAGUUGCGCGAAAUCUGUUACGAUGUGUUGGGACUCCUUGAUAAGUACCUGAUCCCCAAGGCUAGCAAUGCCGAGAGUAAAGUAUUCUACCUCAAGAUGAAGGGCGACUACUAUAGGUAUCUCGCAGAAGUCGCCACCGGAGAAACCAGGAACGCCGUGGUAGACGACAGCCAGAAGGCAUACCAGGAUGCGUUCGAAAUCAGCAAGUCAAAGAUGCAGCCUACCCAUCCGAUCAGGCUAGGUCUCGCCCUCAACUUCUCUGUUUUCUAUUACGAGAUCCUCAACUCGCCAGACAAGGCCUGCCAGCUGGCCAAACAGGCGUUCGAUGAUGCGAUCGCAGAAUUGGACACACUUAACGAGGACAGCUACAAAGAUUCCACGUUAAUCAUGCAGCUUUUGCGUGAUAACCUCACGCUCUGGACCAGUGACACGCAGGGUGACGCGGACGAAGCACAGGAGGGCGGCGAUAACUAACCUUCCUAAGCUUAAGUCCCUUUCUAACCUAAUAAGAACAUCCUAUUCUCUAUCGUCCCCCGGUCCCUUGAAGUGCUCACCCAUUCAUCCACCCGAGAUCGAUUUAUCCAUUCGCCUGUCCUUUCGUCCCUCGCGUACCUCGUUUCCUUCUUCCUUCCCCUCUCUUCUCUUACUCUACCUACUUAACCUUACCCUGUCCUAUUUUACCUGUUCGCCUUUCUUCCUACCUUCCUUCUUACCUUCCUUCCACAAUUGCAACAUCUCUCCUCCUUCCCGAGUCCUUUUUUCCUUAAUCUCUCCUCCUUGAAAACUGUGACGCCUUUUUGUUCAAAUUGCGACCGCACAUUGCUGCCGAUGCCACCGCCACAGCUGUUAUGCCCGGUUCAGGAACUCGAUGCUCUCGCUCUCGACCGUAUCCUUUCUCGGAGGGAUCGAUUCGCGAGUUUAAAUAGAGUCACCGCCUGCCAUAAUAUUGCCCCACGGCGUUGUAAAUCUUAUCGAGCGCAAAGAUAUUCGAAUCUCGCGUUUAUAUCCGCAGGAGGGAAACGGAGAGAAACGAAACGUUGAGAGACAAACGAAAACGCAUUUAGAGAAUUUUUAUCAGGCUAUAGCACCAUCUGUCGUGGAACGCGCGUUAUCGCACCCCAUCCCAUCACGAGCCUCGGUAAAAGGAAUCGGUCGAGUUGGCGAGAAUCGCUCGCGUUCUGGCACGAAGUUUUCUCCGAGAAAAGCGUAUCGACUCGUGACUGCGUGAAAACAAAAGUAAAGGAAAGAAAAAAGAACAGGAAGGAGUAGGGUAAAUUGUGGAUGAACAGAGGAAGGAACAGGAAGAGUGUAGUAGUCGUUUCACGAACCCCUUGUCUCGUCGUACAACGUUGUACGAUGUUCAUAUAAAGAGAAGAAGCAUAUUAAAGAGAAAAAAGAAGUAGGGAGAACAAAAAAAGAAAGAGCGCGUGGCACACACGAAGAAUUAGUAUUCGGUAAUGUAACAUAAUCUAAGGGAUCGUCGUUGCGUAUCAUAGUUGGGGCGAGACACGGGGAUGUGACGAACGCCACGAUACACGCUGUUCGUUACUCCCAGAUCUGCUCUCACUAUUUACCAUCUAAAAGUAUCGCUAAAUGAAACAGAGAUUCGAGAAGAAACGAAGACAAAGGAAAAAAGCACGCAUGAAUCUAAACUACAUUAUAUCCAGUUGUCAUUAAAUUAAAUUUCACAUUGUCUAGCAAGUACGAUAUUAUUAUACGAAGGGAAGAACGCAGGAGGAGAAAGGAGAGUAAAAAAAAAAUACAUUAAGUUAUUAAGUUCCAAAACAACAUCGGUGGUGACUUAAUUUUACAUUUGA